AUUUUGUUCAUGUUCAUCAUUCAUUAAAGGGGUUGGAGGUCAUUCCAAAGUCUAAGAUUAAAAAAAAACAUGAUAAUAUUUCGCAAAAGAUACCGUUUUAAUAAAUGAAGCGCUUCUUUUCGUGAAAGAAUUUAAAAGGUGGGUGGUGUACCUUGCUCAACUGGAUAAAAUUGCUAGCAUAUAAUCCUUUAAUGUUGGUCUAAACAUUUUCUACGAGAAAGUAAAUUUUUCUCUUUGUUAUUGCUUUACAAAUUAUACUAAGCAAUUAUGGGUCGAAAAGUUAUUCUUGCAACAUGUACUUUAAACCAAUGGGCUAUGGAUUUCAAAGGCAACUAUGAACGAAUCAUUGAAAGCAUCAAACAAGCAAAGGAUAAAGGUGCCACAUACCGAUGUGGGCCAGAAUUGGAAGUUACGGGGUAUAGUUGUGGAGAUCACUUUUACGAGAGCGAUACGUUGCUUCAUUCUUGGGAAGUGUUGUCUAAAAUUUUGCAGGAUCCCAUUUGCAAGGAUAUCUUAAUAGAUAUUGGGAUGCCUGUCAUGCAUAAAAAUGUGACAUAUAAUUGCAGAGUGAUUUUUUUGAAUAAGAAAAUACUCCUGAUUCGGCCAAAAUUGAUAUUAUGUGAUGAUGGAAAUUAUAGAGAAACUCGUUGGUUUACUUCUUGGACAAAGAUAAGAGAAACCGAAACUUAUUACUUGCCCCGAAUGAUACAAGAUAUAACUGGUCAAAAGACAGUCUUAUUUGGUGAUGCAGUCAUUGCUACUUUAGACACUUGUAUUGGUUUUGAAAUUUGCGAAGAACUUUGGAAUCCACAUAGCUCUCAUAUUUUCCAAAGCUUGGAUGGAGUCGAGAUCAUAGCUAAUGGAAGUGGCUGUUACCACGAAUUACGAAAAGCAUAUGUAGUUGUGGAUUUGGUAAAAUCUGCUACUGCCAAAUGCGGAGGGAUAUAUCUUUUUUCCAAUUUACGUGGCUGCGACGGUGAAAGAACUUAUUUCCAAGGCUGUUCUCAUAUUGCCAUCAAUGGUCACAUGGUGAGCAUUGGUAAGCAAUUUUCUCUCCAAGAUGUUGAGGUCAUCACUGCUACUUUAGAUCUCGAAGACGUUCGAGUUUACCGCAACAGCAUAAGAAGCAGGAAUUUGGUCGCAUCCUCUUCACCCAGCUACCCUCGUGUACAGGUAGAUUUUGCUUUAUCUUCUAGUGAUUUAUUUUUGCCCACAUUUCAGCCAAAAGAGUGGAGCUAUCACACUGCCGAAGAAGAAAUUUCUCUAGGCCCAGCCUGCUGGCUGUGGGAUUAUUUAAGACGUAGCGGACAAGGUGGCUUUUUCCUGCCUUUGAGUGGCGGAGUGGAUAGCAGUAGCUGUGCCGUGAUCGUAUACUCCAUGUGUAAUCUAGUUUGCAAGGCAAUCAGUGAUGGAGAGAGUGGAGUUUUAGAUGAUUUAAGGAAAAUUAUGGGAGAUCAAAAAUACUACCCUCAGAACCCGAGAGAACUCUGUAAUCAAAUUCUAGUUACUUGUUACAUGGGUACUAAAAACUCAUCUGAGGAAACUUGUUUUCAAGCUAAAGAUUUGGCUUCUCAGAUAGGAAGUUAUCACAUGAAAAUCAAAAUUGACAUCAUAAUUGAUGCCAUACUGACAGUUUUCACGCUCGUCACCGGCAUCACUCCGAAAUUCCGUAUUCAUGGAGGGAGUACCAGGGAGAACGUGGCGCUGCAAAAUAUUCAAGCUCGGAUAAGGAUGGUCAUGGCAUACCUCCUUGCUCAACUCGUUUUAUGGACUAGAAAUCGAUCUGGUGGCCUGCUUGUGCUGGGUUCCGGGAAUGUUGAUGAAGGACUUGCUGGUUAUUUAACCAAGUAUGACUGCUCAAGUGCUGACGUGAACCCUAUAGGUUCUGUUAGUAAAAGAGACUUGAAAUCUUUUUUGAAAUAUGCUUUAUUUCAGUUUAACUUACCAGCUUUGGGAGAAAUACUGAAUGCACCACCGACAGCAGAGUUGGAACCUCUCAAGGAAGGAAAAAUUGCUCAAACGGAUGAAGAAGACAUGGGUAUGACAUACGAUGAGCUGAGUAUCUACGGAAAUCUCAGGAAGCCGGGAGGAUGUGGUCCAUACUCCAUGUUUUGCAAACUAGUUAAUGUAUGGUCAAACGUUCUUCGUCCUGAAGAUGUCGCCGACAAAGUGAAACACUUUUUUAGAAGAUACUCUAUAAAUCGCCACAAAAUGACAGUGCUUACUCCUUCUUAUCAUGCCGAGUGCUAUAGUCCCGAUGACAAUAGAUUUGAUCAGCGGCAAUUUCUUUAUAAUGCCAAAUGGGAAUGGCAGUUUCAAGCCAUUGAUGUGGCUUUGAAAAAAAUUAAAAGAAUCAAAGAAGAUCAUAACUAUGACUUUACUAGAUUAGGUCACACUAGCAAAAUCCAACAUCGAAUAAAAGACAGUUUGUCUGAUAAAAAUCUUUCAGACAUAAGUGGAGCAUCUUUACAUGAAAGUUUAUCUGGGAAAAGCAGAUUAGGAAUUGUUGUUUCGGAUACCUUACCGAAAUUUUCCAAAGAUGAUUUUAGCUUUGCUCCUAAAACUAAUACUAUACCAUUUCGAAGAACUCUUAAUUCUACUCUUAGUUCAGAUGUUUUAUCAUUCUAAUGAGAAUAUUAUCAGUCAGUUUAAAUCUUUUGUAGUGUUUGUCAUUUACACUUAAUUCUAUGCUUUUAAUGUUCAAUUCCAUCAAUGAACAAAGUAAUUGUUUUUUUAAAUUAACUUUCUAAUAACUAUUCCAGUUUAACUCUUGUUGUCCUUAUAUAUUUCUGAAUAAAAUAAUAUGAUAAUAUAUUGCCUGUACAUAUUGU